AUCCGGUUCAAAAUGGCUCACAAGAAAGUUUCAUGUGGUCUGGAUUUUUCUCAUUGUUCUGACAUUCAAAGCUGUGUUGACAGCGCAUGUAAAAGCGGAUAUGACUUUAUCAGUGUGCCAAUAUUUCACCCUCGAUUCAAGCGAGAGUUUAUGAGUGGGCCUGCUAGAGGGCGUACUGGUCCUCAAACAAGAUCUGAUAUGGUCCUCACUGCAAAUGAUUGGGGCAGUCUAGUUGUUGGGAAGAUUACUACAGACUUGGCCCUAGAUUCUCCACAUGCCCUGACAAGGAAGAAUGCUGAGAAGAUGUUUCUGCAGGAGUUGAACUACAUGGCACAUUUGAGUGUACCAGCUGUUUUAAUUAAGCUACGCAACAAGAAUUGUGUUCAAUUUGCAAGAUCAUUGAAUGAACAUGGUCUCAGGGGUUUCAACCAACAGUACUGGGUGCAGGUCCCUAUGAAGUCUCCCAUUGAUGACACAUGUGACCUUGACCUUGGAGAGCUGGCAGACGACACGUCAGAGGGCAGCACUAUAGAUGGCAGCACUGACAAGUGGAAGGAUGACACCUGGGAAUGGUGGAAUCAGUUCAGAACUAUGUGCGACGGAUCCAAGAAACUCGGAGUUGCCUUGGAGCUAACAGCUGACCUCCCGUCUGAUGACAUCAUAGAGCGCUGGCUAGGAGAGCCAGUUAAAGUGGCAAUUCUACCUACAUCAAUAUUCUUGACUAACAAAAAGGGCUUCCCAGUGCUCUCCAAGGCACACCAGGGGAUAAUCAAGGCCCUCUAUAAGCUUGACACACAGAUGAUCAUCACAGGGGCUAACAGGCAUCCAGAGAAAGGUAUCAGGUCGUACCAGCAGUAUCUUGAACACUUGUGGCAGACUCGUGAGCCCCUUGAUCCUGUAGCUCAGUUUGCUAAAGGCUAUGAAGACUACCUUCAAUGUCCCUUACAGCCUCUCAUGGACAACUUAGAGUCUCAGACGUAUGAAGUGUUUGAAAAAGAUCCUGUGAAAUACUCAAUGUAUCAGAAGGCAGUAUACAGUGCCCUACUAGACAGAGUCCCGAUGGAGGAAAAAGACACAAAAGUCACUGUGAUAAUGGUAGUAGGUGCUGGUCGUGGUCCACUCGUCAAUGCAUCCAUCCAAGCAGCAUCUAAAGCAGAGCGUAAAGUUAGACUAUACGCAGUUGAGAAGAAUCCAAAUGCAAUCAUCACUCUCAUGAAUCUGAAGGAGGAUGUUUGGGGUGACCUUGUGACUGUGGUGUCAUCUGACAUGCGUGUAUGGAAGGCUCCUGAACAAGCAGACAUCCUCGUUAGUGAACUGCUCGGAUCGUUCAGUGACAAUGAGCUCUCCCCUGAAUGCUUAGAUGGCGCACAGGUUUUUCUAAAAGAUGAUGGUAUCAGCAUUCCAUGCGACUACACAUCAUUCAUAGCACCUCUGCAAUCUCACAAACUUUACAACGAGGUCAGACAAUGUAAGGACAAAGAAAAACCUGUUGAAGCUGCAUUUGAAGUCCCAUAUGUCGUCAGACUACACAACUGCCAUCUUUUAGACAAACCCAAACCUGUGUUCUACUUCCAACAUCCAAACAGAGAGGAACAUGAUAAUUCCCGCUACUCUUGUAUGGAGUUUGAUGUAAAGACAAAUGCAGUCAUUCAUGGUCUUGGAGGUUACUUUGAAACAACACUUUAUAAAGACAUCUUCCUCAGUAUUGUACCAGAGACCCACUCACACGGCAUGUUUAGCUGGUUCCCUAUGUUGUUCCCUAUAAGGGAGCCCAUGUAUGUUCGCAAGGGUGAUAAGGUGAUCUUACAUUUCUGGAGAAGAUGCACCGAGAAGAAUGUUUGGUAUGAGUGGUGUAUAAGUGGACCAACUGCUACACCUAUACACAACCCUAAAGGAAGAUCUUAUAUGAUUGGACUGUAGAAGUGCAAUAUUUGCAUUAUCACCAUACUCAACGCCAC